AAUCAGCUUUUUUCAACCAGCGCCUAGGGUUACCUCCUCUUUCGUUCAACCAGCUUUUUUUUCACCUUUCUCCUCCGCUCCUGACUGCAACUCUGUUCGGAGAAGAAGAAAAAUCGGCGCCAAGUCUCCGUCGUUUGCUUCCCUUCAAGUCGGAGAAGGAAAAACCGGCGACUCCAAGUCUCCGUCUCCGUCGUUUGCUUCGCUUCAAGAUCCGCUCGAGGAAAGGAUUUGGUCGAGAUGGACAGAAAUGAAGUUAUGCGUAGGAUGAACAAUGCAGCAGCUGUUGCUACUGUACUAGUUAUGCUAAUGGUAUUCAUACGCCGAUAUCAACAUCGUCCACUUAAAAGACGUAACAUCCCUCGUCAUCCUUCGUAUGUAAGAGACUUAGACAAACAUUCUCAUAUGCGUCGGAUAUUAAAUGGUAGUACAUCGAGUUGUCAAGACUAUCUCAGGAUGCGUAUUGGACCUUUUAUGAACUUAGCUCAAAUGAUGAGAGAUGGGGGCUUAUUGAAGGACACAAUCCAUGUUCCUAUAGAAGAACAGUUGGCUACAUUUCUCUACAAAAUGGGACACAAGUCUAAAAAUAGGGCUCGCAGAAUUGACUUCAUACGUUCCGGGGAGACUAUUAGCAGGUAUUUCAAUAAAGUUCUAGGAGCUAUUUUUUCUCUUCGGGAUAGGUUCAUGAAACAAGCCCCAAAUGAAACUUCGGCAGAAAUUAUGGAAUCUAGUCAAUGGUUUCCAUUUUUCAAGGAUUGUAUUGGUCUAAUAGAUGGAACACACAUAGAUGCAACAGUGCCAACUAAAGAUGCUCCUAAAUUUAGAGGACGCAAAGGGAUCACACAAAAUGUUUUGGCUGCAGUAACACCAAAUAAACGAUUCACAUAUGUGAUGGCUGGUUGGGAGGGAGCUGCAAAUGACUUCACAAUUCUUAAGGAUGCACUAUCCUUACCCCCACCAAAUGGUUUGAGAGUCUACGAAGGGAAAUAUUAUUUGUGUGAUGUUGGAUACCCAACCAUGCCGGGAUUCAUUGCUCCUUAUCGUGGUGUACGAUAUCACUUGAAAGAACAUAGUGGAAGAGUUCCUAACAAUCGUCGAGAGUUAUUCAAUCUUCGGCAUUCAACGCUUCGUAGUAAGAUAGAAUGCACAUUUGGAAUCUUGAAAAGUCGAUUCAAGAUUCUUUCUGCCAAACCUCAUCAUCCUUUCCCAAGUCAAGUAAACAUCGUAAUUGCAUGUACUAUUUUACAUAAUUAUAUUGCUAUUAUUGAUCCGAAUGAUAAGUUCUUGAAUGAGUUUAUGCAUGUAAAUGAGGAGGAUGGAGAUAUCUUGAAUGAAGAUGCACCCAUUAUUGAUUUUACACAACAAAUGACUCAACGAGAACAACUUGAUACGCGGGAAGAGUGGAAGUCACGACGAGAUCAAAUUGCAUAAGAAAUGUGGAUUGAAUAUUGUAAUCGACAUCGUAAAGGAGUCACGUAUGAGACACCUUUUUGAGAUUUAUAUGUAAUGUUUGUAAUGUGCUAUGUUAUGCAAUUUAAACUUUGUUAUGAUUUGUAGGAUUUGAACAUUUCAACAUGUAUGCAAUAUGGUAUGUAAUGUUGCUUUAUGUAGAAUUUAAACUUGUGAUUUGUAGGA